UCUCUCACUAGGUUCCUCACGAGUCGCUGCUCUCUCUCUCCGAAAAAAUGACGGCGAGACCUGAAGGAAGUCCACCGGAGGUUACACUUGAAACCUCCAUGGGUCCGUUCACCGUCGAGAUGUAUUACAAACACUCCCCGAGAACUUGCCGGAACUUCGUGGAGCUAUCAAGGAGAGGUUACUAUGACAACGUUCUCUUUCACAGGAUCAUCAAGGAUUUCAUUGUGCAAGGUGGAGAUCCUACUGGAACUGGAAGAGGUGGCCAAUCCAUUUACGGUUCCAAGUUUGAGGACGAGAUAAAGCCUGAGUUGAAGCACACAGGAGCUGGGAUUUUGUCAAUGGCAAACGCUGGUCCCAACACCAACGGGAGUCAGUUCUUCAUCACUUUAGCUCCGGCACCGUCCUUGGAUGGAAAGCACACGAUAUUUGGCAGAGUCUGCCGUGGUAUGGAGGUGAUCAAGAGGCUCGGUAGUGUCCAAACCGAUAACACUGACAGGCCAAUCCAUGAAGUGAAGAUUCUGAGGACCAAAGUGAUUGAUUAGAAGCAGCAUAAGUAAACGAUGACGACAUGAAGAAUUGUAACUCUGUACUGAUCCUUGCUACUACUAUGGAAAUGGUUUUCUUCCUGACCAAUAAAAAGUUACAAAGUUGAUUUAAUUCAGUACACCAUCUCUGUUUUUGUAAUAUGGAUCGUUUCUAUCAAAAAUCAUCUUUUCCUAGUUUCUCUA